CUUACACGAAAGCCUGAAACCUGGGGUAUCGAAUUCAUAUCUCCCUUUCUUCGUCUCGUCUUGGAUUCGACGUCAAUUAUAGCCGUACGGUCGCAGCCAUUUUCAUCAACGUUGUGAUUAGCCGACACAAAUACAACUUGGCGAGGUUGCUAUAUGGGAUACCGUCUCGAGUUCUUGAUUCUUCUCGACUUAUCAGACGAAUCUAUCUGCCUGUUGAUGUUCGAUGUCCUAUUAAUCUUGAGAUGCUACUCACCCCGCUUCCCUUAGCUAUUCUUUACCUGCAUAGAUACCGGUAGACUUCACUACGUUGGAGUUAUUAUGGACUACCUCCGUCAUUCUUUGUUCAUUGAUACUCAAUAACCAAUUGCCUUUUAGGAUGAAGUCGAACAAUCUAGAUCGCCCCAAUAGAAGCUUUCAACCUCCAACCCGCUGAUAUCACAGUGGGGGGUCAACCCUCAGCUGACAUGGCCGAUACACUUCGCUAUACAUAUAUAGGCGGAGGUCCAAUCGGUCUGUAAGGUGAAUGAGAACUCAAACCUUCAACCUACAACCUACAUGACUUUCUAGGUUUAACUUCAAAGCCACCUGAGCAUCAUACCACCGCUUGGAUUGAAACAAUUGAACGUAAACCCAACAUGUCAAAAGCAUUUCUCGCAGCCAAGGAGAAGUACCAGGCAGUGAUCAACGACGCUGGAAGAGGUGACUUCGCUUGCCGGACAAACCGCAUCGGUGCCACUCGGCACCCCUCCAGCGGUGACUGCCAGGCCACCAACACGGUUAAUCAUCAGCGUCGGCGAAGUAGCACAAGCAUAAGAGACAAGAUCAGGGAUCUGACGAAUCGGCCCGCUUAUUAAACUAGGUGUAUUUAACGUCACGGAGUAGUUAAUGUCAAUUGAUGAUGUUGGAUAUUAUGAAAUGACUGGCCAGACCGAAUACGUGAUGUCUUGAUAAUUGGUGUCUCGUCAACGUCGCGGAGUCUUCCCUGGAACACUACAUGAGAGGUACCAAGGGCC